AUGUCCACUACUCCUCACCAGCAGCCACAGCUUCUCUCCGUGUCCGGCUCUCGAAACGGAAACGGUGCGCCGGCGCCCAUAGAUAAUGCGACCUGUGUUUCGAUCUUCGUCGGCUCUUUGGAGGAUGCUCGCGAGAAGACGAGAGAGCUUCUGGCCAAGGCUGGCACGCCGACGGCAGAGAAUGGAACCCUCAAGGCCGGCGUAACUCUGGAUUUGAGCCACAAAAAGAUCGCGAAUAUUCCUCUCGAGGUGUUGGAACUCAUCAAAGACGAGAUCGAGAGACUCGCCCUCGCACACAAUCAGCUUUCGUCGUUUCCGGACGAGUUUUCCAGCCUUGGUCGAUUGCGUUACCUGAACCUGAGAUCCAACUUUUUGAAGGAAUUCCCCAUAGCGCUCACGCGAUUGCCAUCAUUGGAGAUCCUUGACGUGAGCCGUAAUAGAUUACGCGCAUUGCCGCCAGAUCUGGGGAAUUUAAUGAGCCUCAGGGUGCUCUCGAUGUCGAAGAACAAGAUCAACUCGCUCCCGACCUACAUCGGUGACAUGAACGAGCUCAAAAUUCUGAAAGUCGACCACAAUCCGAUCACAUUCCCGCCGCGAGAAAUCUGGGACACCGAGGAAACUGACAGAGAUGCGUGGCUGGACGGGGUCAAAAAGUUCCUGCGACAACACGCAGAACGCUCCAACUCCGCACAAGAUUCCGAGUCCGGGUCGAGCAGCGACGACUCCUUCGACCCAUCGUUCUCUCGCCGCAUUCCAAGCUUUGCUUCCGACGCGACACUGGUCAACGAGUCUGAACUCUUCUCAACCCUCCGAACUCUCCGCCCUGCAAGACCGAACGGCUCCUCGGCAACCGGCGAGAACGCCCGAGCUAGGUCCCCUGUUCCUUCGGGAGUGCCAGGCCGAAAGAGAUCUAAGCACCCAAGCAACUCGUCCAUAAACGUAUCUCCAUCACCAGCAAUGAACGGGAUCGCGCAACAACGUCCUGACACCGCAUCUUCCGCGUUACACCCAGUUUCUUCGCCACAGGUCGCCGAGCGACAUCGGUCGAACAGCGAAUCUACAGUCGGCAACACACGAGACCGGCGACGAGGAAUGCCACCUCCACCACGUUCCAACACCGCCACCCGGACGAAGCCUAUCUUUACGCCGCAAAGCUUAAGACCCGUCGACGAGAAGCCGUUCAAACACGCAAGAGGAUAUUCGCACGAUUCCGCCAUAGAUGGAGGCCAGAGCAAUGCACACGUGCCGUCGAGAAGUCCAACCGACACGGAACGACGACCUGGCCAGUACUUUCGUCGAUUGUCUUCGUUGCCUGAGAACAAACGAUCAUCUCUCUCGUCCGCACGGGUUGGCGAAGCUGCAAGGGGGAUUCUAUAUUCCAUGUCGCAGCUACAGCAACCGAUUGAGCAGUACAUACAGUCAACUGGUGAGCCGGAGGGGCCCGAGAGCAAGGUUGGCCGUGCCCUAUACAACAGCAAGAUGCACGUGAGCUCGCUGGUCAGCGCGUUGGAAGCCUACGAUACCAAGGACGACGAACCCGCGGUACAGAAGGUUAUCGACGCUUGCCAGGCCUGCGUUGCUGCGUUUAGACAGGUGCUAUCGAUGCUGCAGUCGAGCUUGAAAGAGGCUGGAUCAGUAACCACCGGGGAAAACAUGCGUUACGCGAGAACUUUGAUUCUGAUCAUUUACGGAUCGUAUGUCGAGAUUCAAUGCGCUUACGACAUUCUCCGGCCAUUGCUUCUCGCACAGGCGGUAUCCGACGGGCCCAAAACUCGUUCCGCAAGUCUGACUUCUCGCCACCAACAAGCCGUUAUGAACCAACACAAUCGACAGAAUACGAGCUCGAACAAUUCAACCGCCGACUUCGGUUCAUCCGGAAUGACGAUUCAACCUCUACUAGCAACACCCCGAAGCUUCGAUGCCACUUUCACGAUCCCUCCAACCCCCGGAAUGCAGCCAUGGACGACCAACUCUCAAAACUCGGACACUGGGUUCGACCAGGAGCAACAAUUGUACCGCAAAUUCCAGGCUGCAACUGCUGCCGCCCUGUCAACGCUUCCUUUGAUCGACCGAGAGAUAAAGUCUGCGGGCACUCAGAACUUGCAACCGCCAGUCGCACUGAAACUUCGAGAGGUUUCGUCGCUGUGUAUGUCUGGGUGUGAAGCGGCGAGAAGGUUGACGCAGGUGCGGUGGGAUGCGGUCCAGGAAGGAGAUCAGACUGAAAGAAAGAAGUUUUGGGAUGAUACGAAUAAGUUUACACAGGUAUUAUAUUCUGAAGUAUAG